AAAGUUAAUUUUGAGGGUUUUGCGGAUUCAUCGACUGAAGAAGAAGAAGAAGAAACUGGUGAAUCCCCAAAGCUUAAUUAGGCCUCUGGAGGCAGAGCUGCGAAUCUCAAAGUGAAGCAGAGCGUGGAAAAAUUAAUUAUUCAUCGUAGGUCAAAUUUCGAAGCAGUGUAACAGCAGUUUCCAUAGAAAAAUGGGAGCAGAAGAAGUUCCGAGUGCUUUCUUCAGCUCAGAUGUAGUGGACAAUGCUGAGUUAAGCGACACAGCUUUGGUGGCUGCCAUUAGGAAGGCCCUUGCAUCUGCCCAAUGUGAGGACACCGAUCAUUAUAAUCAGCUUGUUCAGUUAAUGUACAUUAAAAAGGAAUCUGCUGAUGAUGAUGUCGAUGUUGUGGCACAGCGAGAGACACUCUUGAAAAUUCUAUCACGCUCUGUUGCUUGCUUAGAUGAAGUUCACCAUAAACGUCUUCUUCAACUUAUUUUUGGGACGAGAAUUUGGGAUCACAUACCUAAUGUAAAUGUAAUGUACGCAUUGCUGGACCUAAUCGUAUCACUGGCCACUACUAGUGGAAAGUAUCUCAUCUAUUGUUUGGAUAUGCUCGUUUCUAAUUUACGUUCGCAUCCCCACAAACUCAACAGUAGUAAGAUGCUGGAAGUUCUUUCCCGGGUGCACGCAGCACUUGACAAGAUUUCUUGUUUAGUUCCCAUUGCUCCCUCAAAAUUACUGCCCAUACUCGCCCUGAGAAUGCCUAGCUUAUACGAAAAAGACCAUUUGCAGGUUGUAGCACCAUAUGUGGAGAACUUGUUGAAGUUGGAGAACAGCUCUAUCGGAAAAGUUAUUGGCAAUGGGAUUCUUAGGAUGGUUAUGGAGCGCUUGCGAGAUCUCGAUUUGGAGAUUGGGUGGGAUGAUAUUCUUCAAGAUGACUCCAGUAUAGCCAUGUUUGAUAUGGAACUUGACGUUGAAGGCACUAUGAAUGAAGGAGAGGAGUUUCCAGUGCGGUCUCUGAAUAAAAAUGGAAAUGUAGUCUCUGAAUUGUUUGACGACUUAAUGGUUCUAUCUUUUAAGCAUCUUGAAUCCUGUCAAGAUGCUGGUCGUCUGGAUGAGGUGUUUGAAAAUCUGUUCGAGUCGUUCGAGAACUUAAUUCUGAACACGCAAAAAUUAAAAGUUUCACAGUUCUUGAUGUUCUAUGCGUGCUCAUUAGAUACUGAAAAUUGUGGUGUGAAGUUUGCCAGUAAGCUUUUGGACAUAUAUCUCUCCAGCAAAAAUCCUCAAGUUACUAGGACGAAUGCAGUGGCUUAUCUAGCUAGCUACUUGGCUCGUGCAGAGUUUUUGCCUGCGUCUUUUGUGGCUAGCAUGUUGAAAAGAUUGGUGGGUGAGUGUGCGGAUUACUGCAGACAAUGCAAUCAUGACGCUAGUCCUGAAGCACAUCAAGUUUUUUAUUCAGGAUGUCAGGCAAUCUUGCAUGUAUUCUGCUUCCGAAUGAGCUCAAUCCUCAAUGUUCCUCACUUCCAAUCGCAGCUUAUACCAUUGGAGUCAGUAUUAUCUCACAAACUAGACCCGUUGAGGGUAUGCCUUCCAUCUGUAGUUUCUCAGUUCCUAUAUCAAGCCAAAGCCAGUGGUCUGUUCAUUGUCUUGGACGCCUUCAUUUUAGAUGAACUAUCCAAGUCUGAGCUCUCUCGUGCUUUAGGUGGCUUCUUCCCAUUCGACCGGUGCUUGUUGAAAAACUCUAACAGAUAUAUCUCAAGGGUGAAAAGGACUUAUGACGAAGAUGAUGAUCAGGAGUUUUCGCCAGAAGUCACAGUGUAUGGAGAUACAGACUGUGAGGAUAAUGUUGUUCUUGAUAACGAGGUGAACAAGAUGUCUAUAACUCCUAAACACUCCUUCAUGCACGAAACAGAGAGACUCUUGAAGAUGCCGUCGAAGAUCAGACCAUCAACUUGUCCUCGUGAAUCCCUCUGAUUCUAGUGGAGAGGAGGCAAUUUUGCAAGCUAGGGUUCUUUAUACAACAAUCUAUUUGCAAGACUUUAAAAAUCUAAAAGUUUAUGCGAAAUGGAUGUUCUUUUUCGUUUUU